UUAGUGGUUAGUUGACAAGAGUAGCUUCCCUUAGACCACACAGUAGCCCUCGAUGAUGGAAGAGGACGAGCUUCUUGCCUUGAAGUCCAUUUACUGUUUGCCCGGAGAGCUGGACAUCGUACAUGGGGAUGGAAAGGACAUCCAAGUGACAGUCCAGCUUCACAGAGAUGACGGGGUAGAUGUAAAGGUAGUGUUGGACGUCACACCAUCCUACCCCCACACACCUCCAGAUGUGUCAAUUCUCAGUGCGGCCAUUGAUAAGAGUGUGUCCAAAACUCUACGAGACACAGCCAACCAACAUGCAACAGACAAUACUGGCAGUCCAAUGUUAAUUGAGUUGAUUUCUGUACUUCAAGACAAACUGUCGACACUGUCGCUGCAUCAGACUGAAGAUGAAAUUGGCUCCCCGAUGAGCCGGGAGCCAGAGAGGAUGACACUGAUGCUUCGUCUUGAUCACAUGAGGGCCAAGUCUCAGUACAUUAAAACUAUAAGGAGGUGGACAGGCGAACUUGGUUUGGACGGGAGACUAGUGUUCUGGAACAAACUCAUUCUCAUCCUCCUGCAAGGACACCAGUCUAGCCUGAAGGAGUACCUGGUUCGUCACAAGUCUGUCAACAUUGAUGUUGAUUCCCGCGGCCAUCCCUGUAAGGAGAAGAUGAUGUCUGUGUUGUGUGAGACGUCACUGCCAGCCAGCGCUAGAUUUGAAGAUUUCAAAGUUGUUGAAUGUGAGUCAUCAAAGGAUCUGAAGAAAUUGUUUGAUGAGCAUAGAAUGGAAGAGCUGUAUGUAAACUAUUUACAGACAAUAAAAGGUUUUACGUAACUAAAA